UCAAGAUAUAUGAAAAUGACUAAUGACAAGAGUCUAAUGACAAGAACUCUUGUCGGUUGUUAUUUUCGACGUCAUAUAUAUAUUGUGCAUUUCACAUUAUCACAAUCUAACAUGUUCCGACACAUCAUACAUAUUCCAGUAUACUGAUCUUGAGUUUAAAGCCCGCUGAUUCUGUUGGUUGGCCGCCAUAAUCGCACUACUGCUGUAAAUUCCAACAUAAUGCACCCACCCAACAAAGUUAUCAGAAUAUAUAACAAAAGCUGCUUUCAUUUCACACCAAUACUAUAUAAUCGUAGUUUUCGAUCCUUUAUAUAUAUGUUGCUCUCUCAAUAAAACAAGAACUACUCGAUCUGUCUGCGCCUCCAAUCAGCUUAAUUUUGGAAGAUGAAUAGUAGAGGAAGGAGAGGAGGAGGAGAAGGUGGUGAUGAGUCGUCGUCGGAAGAUGAAGGAUAUGUGGUUGGGGAGGUUGGAGACUACUCCGGCAAGUGCUGCUCGUGGAAGAGCCAUUUGGGGUCGUUGAAAAGAGAGUUGAGUACUGGGAGUAAACUUCUCAGGGACGGCUCUCAGCCCGGAACCAGAUGGCAGCGCCUUAUCAUUCAUCCUGAUUACUGGUGGUACGUGGCGUGGACGUAUUUCAUUCUGCUAUGGGCGGUGUACUCCUCCUUCUUCACGCCCCUGGAGUUCGGAUUCUUCCGGGGACUCCCGGAGAACCUCUUCCUCCUCGACAUCGCCGGCCAGUUCGCAUUCCUCAUCGACAUCGUCGUCCGCUUCUUCGUCGCCUAUCGUGACACCCACUCCUACCGCAUGAUCUACGACCGCAAGCUCAUCGCCAUUCGGUACUUGAAAUCUCGGUUCUUUGUUGAUUUACUGGGUUGUUUCCCCUGGGAUGCUAUCUACAAGGCUUCUGGUAGAAAAGAGCCAGUCAGGUACCUAUUGUGGAUUAGGCUAAGUCGAGCACUCAGAGUAACUGAGUUUUUUGACAAGUUGGAGAAGGAUAUCCGGCUAAAUUACCUCGCCACGAGAAUUGCGAAACUUUUUGUUGUUGAACUCUAUUGCACACAUACGGCUGCCUGCUUCUUUUACUAUCUUGCUACCACUUUGCCUCCCUCCAAUGAAGGUUACACAUGGAUAGGAAGUUUGAAGAUGGGUGACUACAGCUAUUCACACUUUAGAGAGAUUGAUCUUUGGAAGCGUUAUGUAACAUCUCUCUAUUUUGCCAUUGUUACCAUGGCAACCGUUGGUUAUGGAGAAAUACAUGCUGUCAAUGUCAGGGAAAUGAUAUUCAUUAUGAUUUAUGUAUCAUUUGACAUGAUUCUUGGUGCUUAUCUGCUUGGUAACAUUGCAGCAUUGAUAGUAAAAGGAUCAAAGACAGAAAAGUUUAGGGAUAAAAUGGCCGACCUUAUCAAAUAUAUGAAUAAACACAAGCUUGAUAGACACACAAGUAAGGAGAUCAAAAGUCAUCUACGAUUACAAUAUGAGCGUAGCAACACAGAAUUUGCUUUACUUCAGGAUGUUCCAGCCUCUAUUCGGACGAAGAUUUCACAGAACUUAUAUGAGCCAUAUAUUAGAGAAGCUUCUAUAUUCAAGGGGUGCUCUUUGGGAUUCAUCAAGCAGACUGCUUCAGUGUAACAUGUUAUUCGUGAAAUAAGCCACACACAUGUCAACUUCCUCGAUAAUUAGAUGGAUCUUGUGGUGAUGUUAUGGUGAUCAAUUGAACCAGAGACAGUUGUACAGAUGUUGUGGUUCAGAAGCCACUGUCAGAAGCAGGAAAAGUCUAG